AUGUUAGAUGCAAUUCAACAUCCCGUCGUUGCAAAAUCCCUCAAGUAUGCUGGCACGACAGUAGGUCGUGACAAGGCCUACAGAGGAGUUCAGUACUUCGCUCGUUUUUUGACUUGGUACCUUAGUCGUAAAGGUUACGAAAAAGAAACUGUUCAGCGAUUUAACAAUUUGAAGAGUACCUUGGGUUCUUCCAGAAAACUCAUGCGACUCGGGAAAUUCAUAGAACAUUUGCAAAAUGCUUCUAAGGCUUUUAACGAUACCGAUGGCUUCUCAAAAGCGACUACUGUCGGUAGACAGCUGAGCUAUUCUGUAUACUUAUUUCUGGAUACCUUCUCCUGGAUUCAUGCCUCAGGUGUAUACAAAUUCAAUCAAAUCAAAAAAAUAAACGAAAAUGCCUAUAGAUUUUGGCUUUUCGGCAUUGUAUUCUCAUUGAUUCAUGGUGUAUACAAGCUAAACCAGAAUAGACACAGGCGCAAUUACUAUGAGAGAAUUAAUAAAUCGAAAAUCGCAGAGAGCGGAGAGCAUUCCAACAUCCGUGCUGAAACAGCAAAACUUAGAACGGAACACAAAAAUCUUGUCCGACAAUUCAUCACGGACAUCCUCGACAUUUUGAUUCCAGCUACAGCUCUUGGACAUAUCAAGGUUGAAGACGGUUUGGUUGGUCUUGCCGGAGUGAUCUCAUCGGUGUUGGGUGCACAGUCACAAUGGAAUAAAGUUAGCAAUUUAAAGUAA